UUUUAUUUUUUUCUUUUUUUUUUUUUUAUUUCUCUCUCUCUCUCUCACUUAUUUCCUACACAUAAAAAAAUGUCUCGCGCUCCUGUCACUGUACCUUGUAAAUACAAGACCGGUAGAGUCCUUGGUAACGGUACCUAUGCAACUGUCAAAGAGGCUAUGCAUAUUGAAACUGGAAAAUAUUAUGCCUGUAAAAUCAUUAAUAAAAAGUUGAUGGAAGGUCGCGAACACAUGAUUCGUAAUGAAAUUAAUAUUUUGAAACGUAUUUCACAAGGAAACAAGAAUAUCUUGAGUCUAGUCGACUACUUUGAGACAUUAAACAACUUGUAUCUUGUGACAGACUUGGCAUCAGGUGGUGAAUUAUUCGAUCGUAUUUGUGAAAAGGGUAGCUAUUUCGAAAAGGAUGCUGCUCAUAUCAUUAAAACCAUCAUGAGUGCUGUCGCUUAUCUUCAUGAAAAUGGCAUUGUCCAUCGUGAUUUAAAGCCUGAAAACUUGUUAUUCCGUGAACGCGAAGAAGAUUCUGAUUUAUUGAUUGCUGAUUUUGGUUUAUCACGUAUCAUUGAUACCGACAAGUUCCACACCUUGAAAACAACAUGUGGUACCCCCGGCUAUAUGGCUCCCGAGAUCUUUAGAAAGUCGGGUCACGGAAAACCUGUUGAUAUUUGGGCUAUCGGUGUCAUCACCUACUUCUUGUUGUCUGGCUACACCCCAUUUGAAGGUUCCAACAAUAUUGAGGAAAUGAAUGCCAUUAUGAAUGCUGAUUAUAACUUUGAUGAUCCCUGUUGGGAGAACAUGAGCCAAGCCUCCAAGGACUUUAUUAACCGUUGUUUGACGAUUGAUGUGAAUGAGCGUAUUACUGCACACCAAGCCCUUGAGCAUGAAUGGUUAACCACUAUUCCCGAAACCCAAUCCUCUGAAGAAGGAGGUGAUUUAUUACCCAAUUUGCGUACCAACUUCAACGCACGUCGUACAUUCAAGAAGGCCAUCAACUUGGUUACCCUUUCCAACCACUUCGGACACAGUCUUUCCAAGAACAGCUCUACCAAUACCACCACUUCAGAAGAUCAAAUCAAGCCUGUCAAUGAAGGCAUCGAUCAAGUUUUGCAAAACGAUGCAUAAACCAUACACUUUUCUUUUCCCUUUUUUGCAAUAACCGCAACCCUGCGGGGUUACUGUCGAAAUAAUAAAAUAUUUUUUUUUUCCUGUUUUUA